CUGCACCCCCGCAGCUCUUUGCUGCAGAAAUAUUGUUCUAGGGAACCUUACUGGUUCCAACAGACGGGUGGACCUCCCUCCAGACUGUGAGCUAGUUCCUCAAAGGCAGGCAUUCUUUUUUCUUUUCCUUCUCUCCUGAGCGCUCCUGCAGUUCCUGGGGCGUAGUAGGGGAUGCACAAACGUUUGUGACCAGUGAAGUUCUUUACAAGGGUAAGAUCUGGACGGGAGGACUCGAGCGAGGGUCUCGGCUUGCCAGGAGGCCGGGGCUCUCCGGGAAUUGUGGAGUUCACCCGCGCACUCGAAGUGCCUUUGCGAAAUUAUAUCUGGGUGUUGGCACCCAGCCACUAUUCUGCCAAUGAAGUACAUCCUGGUCACGGGUGGGGUCAUCUCAGGCAUCGGUAAAGGGAUCAUUGCCAGCAGCAUUGGGACGAUUCUAAAAUCAUGUGGACUCCGAGUUACUGCCAUCAAAAUCGACCCCUAUAUUAACAUCGAUGCUGGCACUUUUUCACCUUAUGAACACGGUGAAGUCUUCGUCUUAAAUGAUGGUGGAGAAGUUGAUUUAGACCUUGGAAAUUAUGAAAGAUUUUUGGAUAUUAAUCUUUAUAAAGACAACAAUAUCACCACGGGGAAGAUAUAUCAGCACGUGAUCAACAAAGAGAGGCGUGGCGAUUACCUGGGGAAAACAGUGCAAGUUGUCCCUCACAUUACUGAUGCUGUCCAGGAGUGGGUUAUGAACCAAGCCAAGGUGCCGGUGGAUGGUAAUAAGGAAGAGCCCCAAAUAUGCGUUAUUGAGCUGGGAGGCACCAUUGGAGACAUCGAAGGAAUGCCGUUUGUGGAAGCGUUUAGACAAUUCCAGUUUAAGGCGAAAAGAGAGAAUUUCUGUAAUAUCCAUGUUAGCCUUGUCCCACAGCUCAGUGCUACCGGAGAACAAAAAACCAAACCCACCCAAAACAGUGUCCGCGCGCUGAGGGGGUUAGGCCUGUCUCCAGAUUUGAUUGUCUGCCGAAGUUCAACGCCCAUCGAGAUGGCCGUGAAGGAGAAGAUUUCUAUGUUUUGUCACGUGAACCCUGAACAGGUCAUAUGUAUCCAUGAUGUUUCUUCCACAUACCGAGUUCCUGUGCUUUUGGAGGAACAAGGCAUUGUCAAAUAUUUUAAGGAGAGAUUGCACCUGCCCAUUGGUGAUUCUGCAAGUAAUUUGCUUUUUAAGUGGAGAAAUAUGGCUGACAGGUAUGAAAGGUUACAGAAAAUAUGCUCCAUAGCCCUGGUUGGCAAAUACACCAAGCUCAGAGACUGCUACGCCUCUGUGUUCAAAGCCCUGGAACACUCAGCCCUGGCCAUCAACCACAAGUUGAAUCUGAUGUACAUAGACUCCAUUGAUCUGGAGAAGAUCACUGAAGCCGAGGACCCUGUGAAAUUUCACGAAGCUUGGCAGAAGCUAUGCAAAGCUGAUGGUAUUCUUGUGCCUGGAGGCUUCGGAAUCAGAGGAACAUUGGGAAAACUCCAGGCGAUUUCUUGGGCAAGGACAAAGAAGAUUCCUUUUCUGGGAGUUUGUCUUGGGAUGCAACUAGCAGUGAUAGAGUUUGCAAGAAACUGCCUUAACUUGAAAGAUGCUGAUUCCACAGAAUUUAGGCCAAAUGCCUCAGUUCCUCUGGUGAUUGAUAUGCCUGAGCACAACCCUGGCAAUUUGGGAGGAACAAUGAGACUGGGAAUAAGAAGAACUGUUUUCAAAACUGAAAAUUCAAUAUUAAGGAAACUUUAUGGUGAUGUUCCUUUUGUAGAAGAAAGACACAGACAUCGGUUCGAGGUAAACCCUAAGCUGAUCAACCAAUUUGAGCAGAAUGACUUAAGUUUUGUAGGUCAGGAUGUUGAUGGAGACAGGAUGGAAAUCAUUGAACUGGCAAGUAAAUCUAGUGAUAGAUACAGUGAUGCCAGUGAUGACAGCUUUUCAGAGCCAAGGAUAGCUGAGUUGGAAAUAAGCUGAAACGAAUACAUGACUGGGAAUAAUGGGGACUGCCUGUGAGGCAUCUGAAAUAAUUGAAGGCAAGAUGAAGGAACUAUCUGAAGAAAUCACUACACUCUUACAGAAUCCCUCUGUUCUCCGGCAAACAUGGGAUGUAAAGCCUCACAGGGAAUCUGAUAAUACAUACUUCUGUGAACCAGAACCAGAGGGGUAGUUUUCUUUUCCCUCCAGAGGCAGCCUUUGGUACUUAAAUAUCUGUAGCUGAUUAAAUUUUUCCCAACAACCUC